CUUCCCCCGGAGCUCCACCUCCUUAUCAGCAGCCACUUAAUCUACCCCGACGCUCUCUCCCUCAAACACACCAGCCGUCACUUCUUCCACCUAGUCGACACAGGCGUCAAGCUGAAAGUAGACUGGCUAAUGGAGCGGCGUCUCUUGCACCUCGAGUGUCCCAACGACCGCCGCUGCGACCUCGGCAGUGACCUGAAGUUCUGUCGCGGGAGCGUGCCGCUACUGAUGCGUCGCCGUCGUGAGCACCUCGAGUGCGAGAGUCGCCAGGGACUGGGCUGUCUGGUGUAUGGGACGAGUGUGUGUAGUCACAAGCGGCGCGGGAGGGAGAGGUGGACUAGAUGGCUUCGGGCCAGGAUGACGGUUGAGGUUUGGUGGGUUUUACUAGCGUUGGGGCCGGUGUUGUUGGGGUGGUUUUGGAUGGUGGAGUUGGUC